AUGCAAAAAUACAAGACCCAAGAAGAACAACCACCGUCGGGGUUAACCACGCCUGCGUCCCAGUUGGAUUGGUCCCGCCACUCUUCAACGCUUGAUCGGCUAACUGGCCAGGUCACCCCCCAACUGGAUGGAGAUAAUGUACUUGACGAGGACGACGAACUUCCGCCACCUCUGGAUUUCACUGGGACCGCCAUGGACCCAUCCCCAUCGUUGAUGACCCAGCGAUCCUUUGCACGUGCGACCAAUGGGUCUGGGAUCCUCCCCUCAUGGGGUGAUGUCUCCUUGACUCAGGCUUCACCGACUCAGGCUCCAAACAUGUCUCAACCUUUGUCGGCUUCGAUGGAUGAUGCAGGGAUGGACGGAGUUGUCGAUGUGUAA